AUGAAAUAUGGCAACAUAUUUCCCGAAUCAGGAAAUAUCCAUAGCUGCCCAAAACAUAAAAGGGAAACUGUCAAAUUCUUCUGCAAUGAUCACCAGCAGUCCUGUUGUUCAGUGUGUAUAGGAAGAAAGCACAGAAAAUGCGAAAGUAUUGAUACUGUCGAAGAUGCAGCAAAAAAUAUAAAACAAAAUCGCCAACUGGAUCUUUGCAUCACGUACGAUGUAAAUUACAUUGCGUUAUCUUUAGUUAAUGAAUUCAGCAUUGAUGGAGAAAAUCCGAUUGUGUGGACUGGGAAUUUUCUGUCCAAUGGUAACUUUGUAUUUGCAGACUACAUACCUCAUGGCCGUUGUUUUAUUUAUAACAAAGACUGGAAAUCCACGGAAGUCAUUGAUGGACUGAGUUAUCCUUUUGAAGCAAUACAAGCCGGAGAGGAGCUACUGGUGACGUGUGAUGGAACGAAGUCUAUAGAAGUUUUUUCUAUGUCUGAUUUGCAUAAACUGCGAAGUGUCAAUAUAAACGAAACAGUGUAUGGAAUAACACAACACAAUGGAGUUUGUUAUGUAGCAUGUGGAAAUGAGAUUAUAAAAUUGAAUCUGUCUGGUAAAAAACUUAGAGAAUAUAAAGUCGAAGGCAAUUACAAUAUUCACAUAAGUACAACAAAAGAUGGACAUAUUGUGUACAGUAACUGUUCGCUGAAUACAGUAACCGCCAUCACGGACCAGGGAGACACCGUGUGGCAGUAUAAACAUAUCAAAAUGAAAGUACCCCGUGGACUUGAUGUAGACUCUGUCGGUAAUAUCUUUGUUGCCGCUAGAGGAAGUGACAAUAUCCACGUGUUGUCUGGCGCUGGCAGUCUCAUUAGGAUUAUCGAGGAUAUUCCACAGCCAAUGUUUAUUAAACUAAUGGAAGAGAGGGAUAUAUGUUGUGUGUGUAGCAAUCGCAGAAUCAUGAAAGUGUAUAAACUGUAG